CACUCUUGGACCAAAAAUCUAUCUUCACUGCAUCAUCAGUUCCAUCGUACAGAGAUAACCUCAUAUCCUUAAUUCUUUCUUUUGAUACAUACCUAUAUAUAAUAUUAUCUGGGAGGAAGGGGUGUAGGGAGAGAAAACAAAUCAUCAAAGAAAUAAACAAGUAUUGAAGUGAAUGAUGAACACGAGCAGCAGUAAUUUGGAAACAAGGCCUUCCUUGCUUCAGGAGCUACGUAGCUUCGAGAAAGGUGGCUUCUUCGACUUCGGCCACCCUCUCCUCAACCGCAUCGCUGAGAGCUUUCUUAAAGCUGCUGGGAUCGGAGCUAUUCAGGCUGUGUCACGUGAGACUUAUUUCACAGCCACUGAAGGGCUUGAUUCAAGAGGUGGCGGUAUCCCGCCGGAAAUCUCAGGCAACAAAAAGCAUCGGUUCCCUGACCUCAGAGGUGAAAACAAUACAAAAUCUCUCGAGGCUAUGGUGAAGCAUACUGGAAAGGAAUCUUUGCAAUGGGGGCUGGCUGCAGGGGUGUAUUCAGGUCUCACAUAUGGACUGACAGAGGCUCGUGGGGCGCAUGAUUGGAAAAACAGUGCAGUUGCCGGAGCGAUUACGGGGGUGGCUCUGGCACUCACAUCGGAGGGGUCGUCCCACGAGCAGAUUGUGCAAGGUGCUAUAACUGGAGCUGCCAUAUCCACUGCUGCAAAUCUUCUCUCGGGAAUAUUUUAGGCUGCUGAUUGGGGCCUAGUCCAGCAGAGAGCUUUUCUUUGAUAAUGUGGAGAUGUGAUUUGCUCCAUCUCUUGUUUAAGAAAACUUCUGGUUAGCAUUUUUGCUUUUGGAUCGGUUAAUCAUCACCAUCAAGAAUUUUCAGGGUCUACUAGACCUUUUUUCCUUGUAUGGUUUUUGCUUAAACUUCACUGGUUUAAUAUCCAGAUGGUUUAGCAUUUGGGCAAUUUGGGUGUGAGCCUUGGAAUUCUGGCUUUUGGAGUAUUGGGUGUGAGCCUUGACAUUUUGGAGUAUUGGGUGUGGAUUUGACAUUUUGGGGGUCUUGGGGUGGUUGUGAAAUCCAAACUUCAAAAUGUUGAAUCUACACUUGAAAUCUCAACGAUGGUCUCUACUGGAAUUCAUCCUUUUUAUAAGUUAAUUUCACUUUUUCAUGAAUAUUAUACUUUUUCAAUUUGGGUUUUA